AUGGCGCAGGAGAACAGGGAGAGUGUUGAGCUCAAGGAUCAUACAGCCAUGCCUUGGGGGUCUGCGUUGGUCGAUUUGAUCAAGGAGGUUGCGGCUGAAGUCUUACAUGCGCCCGCGUCGUGGGUGCAGGCAGAAAGGCCCUUGAUGGACUUGGGCCUAAGCUCUGCUGGGGCUUUGUCCCUGGCACGCCUUCUUGGAGCUCGCCUAGGCACGCAGCUACCGGCAACUCUGGCCUUCGAUCAUCCCACCAUCAACGACAUGGCUUGGACAAUUUCUGAGUCCGGGACCAGGGAACCAGUGCUGGUGGCUCGGCCAGACAACCGCAACCCAUUCGUCACCUCGAGCUCUUGCAGAGUUCCUGGCGCCGAUGGCCUGGAUGCAUAUUGGCGUCUUCUCACAGAAGAACACGAUGCGGUUCAAGAAGUGCCUUUGCUGCGCUGGGAUCAUGAUUUGUACUACUCGGCCGAGGCCCCAAGAGGAAAGACCUACGCCCGCCAUGGCGGUUUCAUCGAAGGCAUUGACUUGAUUGACACCAACUACUUUGGCCUUGGGAUAGCAGAGGCGAAGGCUAUGCUUCCUCAGCAAUGCCUGGUCCUGGUUGCAAGCGAAGAAGCUUUAAGGGCAGAUUGCUUCACCAGAGGGGAAUUGAUAAACAGGCCUUUGAGCGUUUUCGCUGCUGUCAGUUUGGACGGGUUCCAGCUUGCUGUCUCGGAAGCCAGCGUUUAUACCGGCCCUGGCAUUUCGAGUGCCAUUGCAGCGAACCGGAUCAGCUAUGUUUUUGGCCUCAAGGGUCCCAGCAUGGCAGUGGACACAGCCUGUUCUUCUUCGCUUGCAGCCUUGCAUGCUGCCGUGUGGUCCCUGGAGUCGAACCGAACGGGUGGCAUGGGUGGCUUGGUGCAGGCAGCAAUAGUGGCGGCGGCAGAUGUGAUGCUCGGUGCCGGUAGCCUGAUGAUUCGCUCUGUUGCCGGUAUGCUCUCCCCAGAUGGCCGCUGCAAGACAUUCAAUGCCACUGCUGACGGUUACAUCCGUGGGGAGGGCGCUGGGGCAGUGCUGCUCAGGCACGGGCCUGGCGUGGAGCUCUGCGCUGUGGCCACCAAUCAGGACGGCAAGAGCGCCACGCUGACCGCGCCCAACGGCCCCAGCCAGGCGCUGCUGUUGCGCUCCGCGCUGGGCUCGGCAGGCCUCGACUCGGAUGAGGUGGGGGCCUUGGAGUGUCACGGCACUGGCACGGCUCUGGGGGACCCCAUCGAAGUUGGGGCCAUCCACUCAGUCCGCUCCGCGAAAAACGCGUUGGUGACUGAACGUGUUUUGUAUCUGGGCGCUGCGAAGUCCAACCACGGGCACUUGGAGGCCGCUGCUGGCUUCGCGGGGCUGAUGAAGGUGGCGGCCGCCUUGAAGUUCCGACAGGUGCCGCCCAACAUCCAUUUCAAGGAGUUGAACCCCCACAUCUUCCUUGGCUCCAGGUUGGCGAUUGCUGAGCACAGUGAUGUCAACGGGGCGAUGGGCGUGUCCUCCUUCGGGUUUGGAGGCACCAACUCACACGCUCUGCUCAGAGCACCUCAGCCGAAGUCCGUGCCCAGACGAGUGGCCUUGCUGUUCACGGGCAUGGGCAGCCACCUGCCCGGGAUGGGGAAGGAGCUCUACCACCAGGACGAGGCUUUCAAGAUGGCCUUGGACCGUUGCGCUCGGCUUUUGGAAGGGACCUUGGACCUCAUGGAGGUCCUUUUCUCACCAGAAGCGAUGCAGCGCUACGACCAGUCGAGCGUCCUGUCGCAGCUGGGGGUUUUCUGUUUGGAGUUUGCCCUCAGCGAGGCCUGGCGGGCCCGGGGCUUGCAGCCCUUCGCCGUGCUGGGUCACAGUCUUGGGGAAUACACUGCUGCAGUGGUUGCCGGCGUCCUCUCCUUGGAGGAUGCCUUGCGAGUGCUGGCAAAGCGCGGCGAGCUUCUUGACAAGCUGCCCAGCGAUGGCGAGAUGGUUUCGCUGAAAGCUUCGAGCGUGGCUGUGGAGAACGCGCUACGUGAGCUUACCGACCUGCCGGGCGCGGCGGUGAUCGCAGCUAUAAACACGCCAGAGCAAACAGUGAUAUCUGGGCACAAGGCCGCCGUGCAGCUGCUUUGUCAGAAGCUUGGCGCUAAGAGCACGGCCUUGCGCAUUCCUCGUGCGAUGCAUUCUCCGUUGAUGGCCCCUAUUCUCCCGGAGCUGGGGGACGUCCUCGCGUCCUGCAAGCUGAGCUUGCCCAAGGUGCAGUUUGUUUCGUGCUUGACGGGAAACGAGGCCUCCCAGGAGCUCCUGGAUGUCCAGCAUUGGUUGGGCCAAGACCAGGCGAAGCCCGUGCUUUUCUGGCGCGGCGUGGAGAAGCUGAUUGCCAUGGGGUGCGAUGCUUUUUUGGAGUUGGGGCCUCAACCAGUUCUGACACAAAUGGGCCGGCGCAUCAACCCCGAGAAGCUGUGGCUCAGUUCGUUGCAGGCCGAUGAGGCUGACAGCAUGCUGCACUGCGCCCGGGAGCUGGGGGUCUUGUCUUGCGACCGGCCCCAGCCUUUGAAGCCUGUGCGGUCCCUGCUCCACCCGCUGCUGGGGCGGCAGAAUGGGAACUGCUUUACGCUCAGCGGAGAAGCCAUGGGUCCUGACAGCCAGCGGAUGCGGCUCUUCCGACAGCACCAGGUCGGCGGGCGAGUUGUGGUGCCCAACGCCAGCCACUUGCUGCUCGCCGUGGCAGCGCACUUGCGCCUUGAAGCCUCGGCCGCCGUGGAAUUCGCAAACGUGAGCUUUGAGCAGGCCAUGAUGGAGGGCCAGGUGCAAUGCACCGCGCACCAGAGCUACACGGAGGUGGGUGGCGAUGGCUCCGUGUAUGCCAGGUUUGGGCCUUGCGAGCGGGUGUCGCUCGGGCAGUCCAGAAUCCAAAGGCUCCGAGGAUGGCAGGAGGCGUGCGACUGCCAGGUGGAGGGCGUGUACCAGCAGCUGCAAGAGCAAGGCUUGGACUACGGCGAGGCUUUCCAGACCUUGAGCAACGUGAAGAUGGGCAAGAGCGCAACGGAGGGAAACAUGUUCCUGGCACAGCUGAGGGAUCCGCCACGCAGCAGCUGGGAGAUGGCUUUGCAGCUCUUGCACCCGGCACUGCUGGAUGGAGCUUUCCAACUGGUGGCUUUGGCGAGUGCUCACUACGGCCAGCCCGCCUGCCUGCCAGGGGCCAUCAGCCGGGCAGUGGUUUCUUCAACAGCGUCUGAGCAACUUUGGGCUGGUGUAUUGGUGCGCUCCCACUCUCCAUUUUGCUCCGAUGUGGAGAUAUUUGAUGAGCAGGGCCAGCUUGUGGUGCUUCUGGAGGGUGUCAGCUCUUGCUUUCCCAGGAUGCAGCUUUUCACGCCAACCAGCAAAGAGCUCUCUGUAGGCAGCGCUCGAAUGGAGGCUGCAGGGGAAUGGAUCAGCGCCGUGGCAGCCAGCAUCGUGGGCCAUGCCAUCGAAGCGGAUGCGCCGCUCAUGGCCUCCGGCAUGGACUCCUUGUCCUCCACCGAGUUCCGGAACCGCCUCGUGGACGAAGGCGAGGGCCUCAAGUUCCCGAAGACGCUCAUGUUCGACUACCCCACCAUCGCAGCCAUCACGGAGCUGGUGCGCUCGCAGUGCUCGCAGCCGGGCGAGCCGGAGGCGGUCACGCGCAAGGUGAGCGCCCGUCAAUCCACGGGCUCGACUGCCGUGCACGGCCUUGCUUGCCACCUACCAAGUGGUUGGGGCCUUGACGAGUGCUGGUCCCAAUGGCUGGAAAGCAAAGAUGCCAUCAUUCAAAUCCCCUAUGCGCGGUUUGACCUCCACGAGGUCUACGAUGCAGAUGCGGAGGCGGCGGGCAACGUCAUGUACGUCCGGCACGGCGGCUUUGUUGACGGAGCCGAGCUCUUUGACUGCGGGUUCUUCGGAAUGUCUCCUGCAGAGGUGAAGUGCAUUGAUCCCCAGCAGCGCAUGGCGCUGGAAAUGUCGUAUAUCGCUUGCCACCAUGCCGGUCGCAGCAAGCGCUGGCUUUUGGGAUCCAACACCGGGGUCUUUGUCGGGCAGUGCAACAACGACUGGGCCAAGUUCUCCUUGGAUCUCAUCCCGACGCCUUACUCCGGGCCAGGCACCCACGCGUCCAUUUCCUCCGGACGGAUUUCUUACAGCUUGGGGCUGCGGGGCACCAGCGCCUCGGUGGACACCGCCUGCUCUUCAGCGCUGGUGGCCCUGCACUUUGCCUGCGCCGAGCUCUCCGGGCUCGGGCUCUCGGCGGCCCUCUGCACUGCUGUGCAGCUGAACCUCAUCGCAGAGCCCUUCAUAGUGCCCUGCAAGGCUCACAUGCUGUCCCCGGAUGGCCGCUGCAAGACCUUUAACGCUUCUGCCGACGGCUAUGCCCGUGGUGAAGGUUGCGGUUCUGCUUUUCUUGAGAAAGGUGAGAGCGGCCCCUUGCCUGUGGUUGCAGCCACGGCCUGCAACCAGGACGGGCGCAGCUCCACCCUGACUGCGCCCAACGGCCCAGCCCAGCAGGAGGUCAUCCGCCAAGCGCUGGGCCGUGCCGAACUGCUGGGCUCAGAGCUGGGCCUUGUGGAAUGCCACGGCACGGGGACCGCGUUGGGGGACCCCAUCGAGGUAGGCGCGCUGAAGGUGAUGCUGGGUGAUCGGGAGCGGCCCCUGCAACUGUGCUCGGUGAAGACCAACAUCGGGCACUUGGAGGGUCCGGCUGGCAUGGGUGGAUUUGUGAAGAGCAUGCUGGUCUUGCAGCACCGUUUGGCGCCUCCCAACAUCCACUUCGCAAAAUUGAACCCGGUCAUCGACUUGGACUUCCCUGCGGAGAUCCCCCUGACACCGCAGCCUGUGAACUUGCUCGCCUCCGGCCUCUCCUCAUUUGGCUUUGGGGGCACAAACGCGCACGUCACCUGCAAGGCUGGCGAGCACAAGGAGGUUGAGGUGAAGCAACGGCGCGUGGCGUUUCUCUUUACUGGCCAGGGCUCCCAGCGUCUCGGAAUGGGACAAGAACUGUACAGACGAGAGGAGUCUUUCCGAUUGGCGCUGGACCGCUGCGACGAGGUCUUGAAGCCCUUGCUUGAUGUGCCUUUGCUGGAUGUCCUUUGGAAGGAUGAGCACUGCGAUUUGCUGAACCACACAAAAUAUUCGCAGCCGGCUAUCUUCUCCAUCCAGUAUGCUUUGCUGGAGAUGUGGCGGCAGAAGGGUGUGGAGCCCUGCGCAGUGUUGGGCCACAGCGUCGGGGAGUUCGCCGCGGCGGUGGCUUCGCAGGUGCUGCCGCUGGCAGAGGCGUUGCGGCUGGUGGCAGCGAGGGGGCGCCUCAUCGCGGAGCUCUGUGAAGAUGAUGCAGGCGGUAUGACUGCCUGCUUCGCUGCGGAGGAGAAGGUGCUGCAGGCCAUGGCGCAGGAGGAUUCGGGCCAGGUGUCCGUUGCCGCAGUGAACGGACCGCAGCUGACUGUGGUGUCAGGGUGCCGGGCCGUGGUGAAGAAGGUGGUGGAGGCAACGGGCGCAAACCACAGGGAGCUGAAGGUCUCGCACGCAUUCCACUCGCCGCUCAUGGCCCCAAUGCUGGAUGCUUUCCGACGGGAGAUGUCUGGGACGCAGUUUGGGCAGCCAAAGGUGGCAUUCAUCUCGACCGUGACUGGCCAAGAAGAGACCGAAGCCAUCACUACGCCGGAGUACUGGGUGAGCCAUGCGCUACAGACAGUGCGAUUUGCCAACGCAAUGAUGUCUUUAGCUUCUUUAUCUUCAGACCAAGGGCCAGAAGCAUACUUGGAGAUAGGCCCCGAGCCUACUCUGGUCAAGAUGGGGCGCAGAUGUGUCAAUGCACUUCCCAAGGAUUGGCCUUGGCUGCACUCCCUGGAGAGCGAGAACCGCGAAGAGGAGUCGGUCCAUGCGGCGCUCUCCAUGCUGAGCCACCCGGCUCUGCGCUUCCAGCGGCAGGCCUUUCCUUGGCGGGAUGUGGCCCUGCGCUUGGUGAAGAACCGUCAGAGCGCAGACCGGGACUUCUUUGAGGUGGCCUUAAGGGGGGACCUUUUCGAGCUCGCUACAUCCCAGCAGCUGCACGGGCAGCUCGUGGUGCCUCCCGGGCUGUUGCUCGAGAUGGUUGCGGAGGCGGCACGAACGCUGGAGCGGGAGGUGCUGAUGGAGGAUGUGGAGAUGACGUGGCCCUUGGCUCUGGCCAAGGACGGUGACUGCGCAGAGCAUGAGGUGACCAUUGGUUUGGUAGUGAAUGACAAGCACUUCGAGAUACACAGCCGCUGCGUUGGCACCGACAAGUGGACCAAGCACUGCGUUGGCUGCUUGGGUGGCCCCGCGCCACAAACCGACCCGCAGCCAAAGCUUGAGGGAGAGCCCUGUGCGCUCUACUCCAGACUGGAGAGCUACGGCUUGCAGGUUGGGCCGCAGCUCCAGAUCUGCCAGCAGGCCGUGUUCCAAAACCAGGACUUGGUGUGCCGCCUGAAGUUGGACCUGUCUUCCCAGGGAUUUGUGGUGCACCCCUUCUUGCUGGAGGCCACGCUGCAUUCUGCGAUGGCCGCCGCGCAGUGCCUCAUGGUGUUUGCCGGUGUCAAGCGGAUUGCCAUCCUCGCAGAUGCGCCCAGCAGGGACUUGAUACUGCAGGUGUGCACCACGCACAGCACGGAGCAAGUCCAGGUCUGCACUUGCCAGGUCUUCGCAGAAGGCAAGCUGCUGUGGCGCCUGGAGGAUGUGCUGCUCCGCAAGGUGCUGCCAGAGCAGAUCCAGCGGGCCUUGGUUGCAAGCCUGCCACGCAGUCAGGUGAGCUUUUUUGAGGUGAAGUGGGAGGAGACCUUGGCCCUUGAUGCGUUUCAGCCCAAGCCCGGCGAGCGCUGGCUUUUCCAGGCGCCCACCCCUGUGCUGGAUAGCGCCAGGGAGUUGUUCGGGGCGCCGCAUAGCUUUGGGGAGCCUUGUAAAGGUGCGGAGGGCAGGUUCUCUCACUACAUCUACAUACCAGCAGAGGAGGACCCACUGGCGGCAUUGUGCACUGGCCUCGCCCUGAUUCAACGGGCGCAGGGCCACCGCAAGAAGCCGCAGGUGUGGUUCAUUCUGCGAGGCACGCAGGCCCUUCACCCAAGACUGAUGCGGGGCCACCCGCUUCCUUGGCACUCCGGGCUUUGGGGCUUGGCGCGGUGCCUUCGCUUGGAGGUUCCCACGUCUGUCUGCGGCUGCAUUGACUUGGGCCUCUGCAAGGAUGAGGAGGUGAUGCCCAGGCUGCGAGGCGCCACGGCCGCGCCAGAGCUGCUGCUCCACGAAGGCCGCUGCUUCGUGCCUCGCCUGGAGGACUCCACGGAGACCUUCCACGGCCUCGGCCUGCGCUUGGCGUCGGACGCAGCCUACGCCAUCACAGGCGGCACUGGCGGCCUGGGCCUGCGCUUUGCGCUCUUCCUGGCAGAAAGGGGUGCCAGGCACUUGCUGCUGAUGUCCCGUGGUGGGAAGAUAGCGGAUCCAGCAAGCUCUGACGCGGUGCAGAAGAUUAAAACCUUGGCUUCUGCGACUGUCGUGCGCUGCGACGUUGCGGACCCCGACUCCUUGGCCGCGUGCCUGCGAGGUGCCCAAGAAAGGCAGCCAGUCAAAGGUGUUCUUCAUGCAGCCGGUUUGCUGGACGACCACCUGAUCAUGGACAUGCAGCCGUGCCACAUAGCGCCCGUUUUGAAGCCCAAGAUGGAUGGCUCCGUGAACUUGCACACAGCCCUUGGUGAUGGCUUGGACUUCUUUGUGCUCUUCUCUUCGGUGGCCUCGAUGCUUGGUUCCGCAGGGCAGGCCAACUACUGCGCCGCCAACUCCUUCGUGGAUGCCUUCUCCAGCUUCCGGCGCGGCCAGGGCCUUGCAGCCACAGCCCUACAGUGGGGCCCCUGGGCAGAGGUGGGCAUGGCCGCCCGCAGCGGCACCACGGAGUCUGGCGGCUUCCUCCGCCAAGACCCAAACGCCAGCCUCCAGGCCAUGGCCUUGGUUCUCUCCACCCAGAAGCCAGUGGUGGGCGUUGCGCGAAUUGAUUGGGCGUCCUUCCUCGCAACGCAGCCUGAAGUGCCUGACUUGUUGGACAAUUUCAAGCACCACAAGAAGGAAGUGAUCGGCGAGGUGUCUGAAGAUCUGGUGAUCUCUACGAUCAAAGACGCUCUCUGCAACGUGUUGGGGCAUUCGGAUCUCGACUUCACGAUGCCGCUCAUGGACAUGGGCCUUGAUUCGCUUUCCAGCAUGGAGUUCCGGAACCGCCUGCAGGCCAGCGUCAGGGACCUCCGGGUGGCGCCCACCGUGCUCCAGGACUUCCCCACCUUGCGCGAGCUCGCGUCGCACGUGCUGGCACGCUGCGACGCCUCUCUCAGCCCCGGCAGCCCUUGCAGCCCUUGCAGCCCCAGAUCUGAGGAUCGGAUGCAACUUUGGGGUGCGCAGUCAAUACAAUACAAUGAUUCUGUUGUGGACAAUCCGCCCGCUCGCCCACGGCCUGCUCGGUUCGAUCUAUUUUCACCGAGCAUCCUGUUGGCAGGGCUUGGUGUCCAAAAAGCAGCAUAUCUGCACGAGUUUGCUGUGCAGCUGUUUUGGCGCAGUCCGGAUUCCAACAUGGCUCGGCACGGUCGUAUCCACUGUCACCGACAAGCCUCUGUUGCUAAGAUAGCUGUUGCUUCACACAACGAGCUCUGGAACUGGCAGAUCCUACAUUUUCAGGUGCCUUGGGCGUUUAUUUUCCCUUGACAGGUGCCUAUGCCGCCUUCUUGUCACGGGCUGGUUAUGAUAGACCGGGUUCGUUUGAGUUGGAAGCUUGGACGUUUGUUGGAUGGCAAAAAAGAGGUGCUGAUGGUUAAGAUCAUGACCACUUAUGACUUAUGACCCUCCGGAUUGAGCAUGUGAUGGUGACA